AUGAUAGACAGUGAUUUGCAGGGUCACCGUGACAGUGGACAACGAUGCUCACCGUGGGUAAAUUGUGAUGCAUUCCUGCAACCGGAGAUCACUAAACCACUUAGGAACAUUGUUGUCUGUGACCUCCCAGCACAAUGUUACAUUAUUGGCACGAGUUCCAAAAAAAACAUCGAGCAGAAAGAAGUGUUGUUGUUUAAUAAAAGUGAUGGUGGUCCUCUUGUCUAUAGCUAUAGCAGAUCAUACACGGCGGACGAAGUGGACUCGCUUACCGCUUGUGCAUCGAAAGAGGGGCGGCUGCUACAUGUCAAAGCACUACUGGGAUGCGUUCGCUUUACUAGUGGUUAUUACCUACUUCUGGCAACUAGGCGGCAAACGGUAGCGCGUAUAGGCUUUAAUCGCAUUUUCGAAGCUCUCGAUAUUGAACUUGUUUCAUUGUGUCUUCCAAAAAUGAUAGCUUUAACGACCGUAGUGGCCACAAAGGCGGCGACGGUGUUGGGAGUAAAGGGGCCGGCGAGCUCGUCAAUACAAAAAGCUCGUCUUCAAGAGGAGGAGUAUUGUCGACAGUUUCUUUCAUCGGCACAUAAACAAAACCUGUUUUACUCGCGCACAUAUGAUUUGACAAACACGCUGCAGUCCAACAUGACCAUCCCCAGCCAGAGACGGCUUGUGCGGACAAAGUUUGUGUGGAAUGAAUUUCUUUUGGAACCGUUAUUCACUCUACAGGAGACGGAAUCUGUUCGGUGCGAGAGAGAAUCUGCUCAAAAUGGUGGCCAAUCAUAUGAGGCAGCACCGCUGUGCCCUAAGGAUUUGCGGCGGUGGUUUGUCUACGUUGCGCAAGGGUCUAUUGUCCAGCGUGCCGUGUGGUGUGGGUCCCGACCACUGCUCUUUACACUGAUAGCCCGCACAAGUAAAAACUACGCUGGUGCCCGUUACUUUCGUCGCGGUGUGAAUGGGAACGGCCACGUUGCAAACCAUGUUGAGAUCGAGCAAAUUAUCUCCGACGAAUCAACGUUGCACGACUAUGGGCGAAGAGGCAGUUUUACAUCUUACGUCCAGGUACGUGGUUCGGUACCCCUUCACUGGUUUCAGCCACCUACACAACUCCCUAAACCACCUAUUAAAUUGGGCAUGAGUAAUUUUUAUUGCGUCGACACAUGCAGACACUUCCAAGAACUUCUAGGGGACUAUGGUGCACCAGUUAUUGUUGUGAACUUGCUACGAAAGCGGGAGAAACACCUCCGUGAAGGUGCUCUUGGCAGUGAGUUUAAGAAAGCUGUGGAAACUUUAAUUGGAUACACAAAAAAGGAUUUUUUAGGUGGGUGCGAAAGCUCAUCAAACGUGUUGAUCUACAGGGAAUAUGACAUACGGGCCAGUGCACAAGACGCCUGGAACAAGACAACAUCGCUGGCGGAAGAGGUGUUUGCCAAGAACGGUUUUUUUGUAUGUGGUACUGACGCGAGCACUGGUGUCGACACUGGUUGUUAUGGUCGGUGUUGCAUUCAUAGUAAUGGUUAUGAUGCAGAACGGAGUGUAAGACUACAACAGGGUGUAACUCGCAGCAACUGUCUUGACUGCGUUGAUCGAACUAAUUUAGCCCAGUAUUUCUUUGGUUUGCAUGCACUCGGGUAUCAACUGCAUGCUCUUGGUCUUCUCCAUUCACCAAUAGAUCUCUCUCUUUCGCCCCAGGUACGCGAGCAGUUCCUGCACAUGUACCUAUUGAUGGGAGAUAUCAUUGCCUUGCAUUAUGGCGGGUCGGCACAGGUGGGGGCUGGUGUGCUAAACCGAGGAACGGGGUGGGACAAAAUGAUGGGUAUCAAGCGGUUGUACAACAAUAUCCUCGGUGAUCGCGAGAAACAGUUGUUCAUGAACCUCUUUCUCGGUCGGUUUCAGCCAUGUCCAAAUCGGUGCUCCCCUUCCCAAAACCCAGUGAUGCGCAUCCCUGAUGGUGAACAACAGGGCACUGGGAGCGAUGGAAAAGGCAAUGAGUCCAACGAAUCAACUAAUUCCAGUAAACAGGUUGCUUGUUUAGCAGACCUAUCUGAGGGAGCAUCUGACUACUACUUAGUGGUCAAUGGUGGCCCAUCGCUCCCCGAUCCCACUGAACUAGUCGGAUGGUGGAAGAAGCCAUUACAAUUCUUUAGUAGCUUCUUCCAGCCUCGCCAACGGUCCUUGCUGGACGAGAACGCACCUUCCUCUCCUGUGUCCUUCGGUUUCGUACCGCACGAGGGCGGGAAUGGUAAAGGAUCUGCAGAUGAUGAGGAAGAGUACAUUGUUCGAGAAAUAUGCAUUGAUGAACGUGCGGCAGCCAUUGAUCCAUAUACGAAUAGGGGGUUGGUCGGCGCAGGUGCAGGUGAGUUGAAAGAGGAAGGUUCAGCCGUAUUGUUGCAGCGAACAACAGCGGCCACGACAUCACUUAACCGGAAAACACGGACCCUUCUAACCGCCGCGCACACCGAACCGUCACCACAGAUUUUAUGGUUCGUGCAGGAUUCCUUGUGCAAUGAGCAGCACCAGGAAGCUGAAUUUCCACAGAGCGACGUUGCGUCCAACAAACGUGACAUCCCGACAGAAAAGAUGCCUGAUGAUUUACUCUACCAUGAUCAUCUUACAUAUCCUGAUUACGUGUUGGGGAGUGAAUUUAACAAUAACAUUGAAACAGCACGAUGUAUGUGCGAUAAUUGCGUCCCCGAGGAUGACCUCCAACGCAUGCAGUUGGAGGUAAUGCACAAAUAUGGUGAUCCAUGUGACUGGGGUGUGGAAACAGUUAUAGACGCUCUGCUAGAUGUGGAACCGGGUGUGAAGCGCGAAACCAUAGAUGCAUUGCGACAGAUGAAUGUUCAUGGACGUACGCUACUCAAUAUGAACACAAAAUCUCUGGAAGAGAAGGUUUUGCUUCAACGCUUCAUCAGGUUGGUGGACAAACUAUUUCGUUCAGCAUCCAGCUCCCCUCCCCAGCAUGUUAGGGACGACGAGAUGAGUGAAUUAUGGUUGCUCCACCAACACGGUGAUGCUUUAGAAAAGUCAAAUAUAUUCGCUUCUUGCAAAUUUGUAUCUUGUCCGGACGCUACGCAACGGGUGCUGCAACCCUUCUUUCGUGAUUUGUUGGCACCGGAUAUUAUUGCGGCGACACUGAGAACUUUAAUAUCGAAGAUGGCCGAUCCUGACUCCGGCGUCCCGCGCAGUGAUCGAAUUCGCUACCGUGAGGGAAGUGGCUGCCAAUACGUUCCUCCUGUUGUAGUAGCACAGCAAUGCUUUAGUUCUAAUGAACUGCAUGAAUGGUUGCUCACCGAAUCACCGCGCUUGGGCCUCACAUUACAUGAGCAUGUCGAGUCGCACGAAAGGGCACAAGCGUGUUGGCAAUUUGUCCUCUGGUUAGUGCAUGCAAAAAUUGUCGUUCCAAUAUCUAUUGAACUAAUCUCCGGUGUUUUAGUGCCCCCUGUUGUUACAAGGGCUGAUGUGACAUCAUCUACAAGGCUGUUUACAUUGAGUACAAUACAGGAACUCCACGUGCUCAACGAAAGUGAGCGUCACCCGUGUGGUGACGUGGAUGUGCUGAGGGUUAAAAUAAACCCAAUCAAAUCAACCCCUUUGCUUCUCACCGGAGCUUCUGCUCUCGCAUGUGCCGAAACUCUGGUUGCUGUGGCGUUGGAUACAUUGCUUUACAUGCAGGAUAUGUCUUCACCUACUGUACCCCCAGAUGUGUCCCACAACCCCACUGCUUGGAAGUUGUUGGAGACGGUAUCCACUUCCAGUGCUCACCUUGCAGCAGUUAACAUCAGAGGGCUUGAGCGCCGGGAGCUGUUCUGCUUUUGGGCGAACGUUUUCAAUGCCUUGUACAUUCAUGCAUGGAUGUCAACACUAGGCAAACGGGCACAGGAUUUUACAUGCUUCUACAAUACAAAUGGUUAUAACGUUGGCGGUUGCUUCUUUUCGUUGAGUGACAUCAAAGAUGGCAUAUUAAGGGGAAACAAACCCGCCUACUACGCUGUUCUACCUCCGUUCAGCAAGUCUGACCCGCGAUUGUUUAUGGUUAUCCCCCCAGAUCCGAGUGACAUUGAAGUGGAACUGCAAAUGAAAUCCAGAAAUUGUUUUGAUGAUAAGCAUAUCACCACCUCAAGUCGCCGUGAUCUUCAUACACGUAUUUUGCUUGCUUUAAUUGACGCCUACCUGGUGCCGGAGAAUUUUGAAGACAUGCCGUCGUACAACCCGCGAACGCUCCUCUUUGCAAGUUCCCCCACUGUUGCGUCACGCAGUGCAGAGGGAAGUAACAGCAGUUUCCUGGAGGAUGACUUGGAAAUUGACGAAUCUUAUCGAUCGCGUACUACUGUGGGGUUGUGGCACGCGAAUAGUAUUCCUGUCGUUGCUGCGACCUGGUUGUCGUCAUGGUUCAACCAGCGCCACACGAAUAAAAGCUCCACUCUUGCCAAUCCAUGUGUUCCACUUACUCCAGAACACCUAUUGCAGCAAAUACAUGCCGCGGAGAGUUUUGUGUUGCGUUCACUCAGUCGCGCUCCACAGCCCACUGUUCCACUUCAUGGCGUGCAUGUCCCUCGAGCUUUGCUGCCGCUGUUUGUCAAUAUGGACAACGCUAGUAUUGAUGAGUUCAUGCAAUUACUGUCCGUUUCGCCACGGUCAGAAACAUCACUUCGAUGUGAUAUGUGGAUUUCUAACCCACCUGCGUAA